UAGGUGGCAGAUUGCGCAGCAAGGAAGAAGCGUUGGUGAAGUCCCGGCUUUCUCUCUGGUGUGAAAGAAGUCCGACGUGAUCGUUUCAUCAAAACGCAGAGACGUUUCUUCAAGUGGAUAACUUAUCACACUGAAAGUCGUAGGAUAUACAGUCGUGUGCAUGGUUAGCAAUUCGUACACGAAACGAAGAAGUUAAGGUUGUCCCGCAGAAUCGUUUUUACCUUCCAAACAUCGCUUUCAUACGGUGGCCAUGCCUGAGUGCUGGUUUUGACGAAACUGCCCAUUUCCAAAAUGCAAUGUUUCUUGAGAUUCUCUUAUAGGCUGCAAUUCGCUUUUGCCUUAUUGCUUGCUUUCUCGGGAGUCGGAUUUGCCAAGAACGAAGGCGCGGUUGGAUGCCUCUUCCAGAAUGAAAUUUGUAAAGCGGAGACAGAAUGGUGCUACGAUGACGAAAUAUUCGGCCAAUGUCUACCAAUACAAACCGAAACAUUUCAACUGUCUCCAGCAUUGCACCGGAGCAUGAUUGGGGAAAAUGAACUAGCAGCCUUGGAGGUGGCUCUAACACAGCUAAAGCGGAAAGGUUACCAGUGGACAGAUAGUGUGUCGCAGUGCGUCCUACAGCGUCUCGUCCGUUCUUUCGUGAACAAGAACUCCGGCACUCCCGACAUUUGUUCGAAGUUGCCCGACAACGGAAGAAACAAGGAAACUAGUAUGACCUAUAAGGAAGACAAAGAACGCCGUCUGCGUGCAGGAAAAUAUCGUACUAAUCAAUAUCCCCUCCAAACACCCAGCAUUUACUUGAACCGAGAUGAAUUAUUUGGCGUUAUAAACGCCAUGGAAGACGACCGCUAUCGAACAAGCGAUAUCGACAGCGCUAUGCCAGACGAUACGAUGAUGGAAGAAUUGCCCGGUUCAUGGCAGACGAAAGUCCCCACGGCUAGAACUUCAACCAUAAAAGACAGUGACCAAUCACUUGCCCAGUCGGAAAACGAUCCUUUUCCACUAGACAGCGGUAGAGACUACCAAAUCCUGAGCUUGCAGCAAGUCCUGUCGUCGGCAGCGGACUCUAGAACUUACCGUGAACGACCCGAAUCGGCCAUGCCCUUGGAUAGCGAAGAAGAUUUUUUCAGCCUACCGUCUACAGAAAAUGCUCAUGCCAGUCCAAAAUUUGCGAGGCAAGAACGGUUGGACGUUAAAAAACCCGGUCCGUGGUUUAACGUAAACAACUACGCUUUUGAGAGUGAAGAGGAUGAUGGCAACCUAGCAACAAACAUCUGGAUAAGUUCAAACGAAUCUCCUGACGUCGAAGAAGAAGAAUUCAGAGAUGCAACGGUCAAUCGUGAUUUCCGAAAAAACAACUACAAAAUAAGUCGGCGCAUGAGUGAAACCGAUAAGUCCAUUCCUGUGCAACGACUGAUAGAAAUACUGAGCAGCGAAACAAAUGAAGACCAUUCCGUUUCGAUGGAUGAAACGGAACCACAACGCUUUAAAGGAACUAACACUUUCAAGACGAAUCGAGCAACUGGAAAAAUGGAAGCUAAAUCAACGAAAGCAGAAAACGAAUCGAACAAGGAAAUUGAUUCAAUACCACUGAAUUCGCGAGAUCGGGAAAUUUUGGAUGCAAACUAUGUUUUUAUAACCAUCAAAGGACAAUUCAAGAGUUGGAGACAAGGUGCCGGAUUGGUGAAUGUUCUAUCUGAUCUUUUAAAAGUACCACAUUCUACUCUAACUAACGUUAGUGUGCAGACGAAUAAGAUAACAUUCCAAGUACCGGAAAACGGAAAUAAUCUGAAUUCCUGGUUGGUGGCUUCGAAAGCAGAUCAAAUGCGUAACAAGAUACAGGAGAUAACUGGGUUUGAAGUGGACACGACUGGCGUCGGAGAUCAAACUAGUGUGUCGAGUGUCCUUUAUUGGGGGCGAGAGAACCAACAGAUGCUACUGUCCGUUGGCUUGUGUAUCCUGACGGCCACCAUUGUUGUCGCUGCCGUAGUCAUCUUGAUUGUGAGAAACCGCCACAUCGCCCGUCAGAAAAUCAAGGAUCUCACACAUUCCGCUGACACCGAAGCAACACACGAUUAUCAGGACCUGUGCCGGGCUCGCAUGGCAACCAAAUGCGCUACCCCUGAACCGAGCAAGGAUUCACCAAAGACGCCGCGAGUGCUGUUGUCACGUGACUCGGAAUCCUCCCGAUCCAGCACAUCUUCAUGGUGUGAGGAACCCGUUUUGACCAACAUGGACAUUUCAACGGGUCACAUGGUUUUGUCCUACAUGGAAGACCAUCUUCGAAACAAAUUCCGCUUAGACCAAGAAUGGCAAGCUCUUUGCUCCUACGAGGCUGAGCCUUCUACUGGUGCCCUAAUCGCAUCCAAACCGGAAAAUAAUGGGAAGAACCGCUUCGGUGAUGUUCUACCUUACGAUCACUCGCGUGUGGUGUUAAACGUUUUAGCCAAUACUUCAGGCUCGGACUACAUAAAUGCAUCGUCUAUCACUGACCACGAUCCAAGACAUCCAGCUUACAUAGCUGCCCAAGCACCGCUCGCCGAAACAACGUCGGAUUUUUGGCAAAUGAUCUGGGAACAGGGAAGUGUGGUCCUGGUCUUAUUGACUAAAGUCAUUGAAAACGGACAAGAACUAUGUCAUAAAUAUUGGCCUGAGGAGGGAUCUCAACUCUACCACAUUUACGAGGUCCAUCUUGUAAGCGAGCACAUCUGGUGUGACGAUUACCUUGUUCGCUCAUUUUACCUGAAGAACAUACGUACCGGCGAAACAAGGACCGUUACCCAGUUUCACUUUCAAUCCUGGCCAGAAAAUGGAGUACCUGCAUCUACUAAAGCUUUACUCGAAUUCAGGAGAAAGGUUAACAAAUCCUAUCGCGGCCGCUCAUGCCCUAUUGUCGUUCACUGCGGCGAUGGAGCUGGAAGAACUGGAACUUACUGUUUGAUAGACAUGGUACUUCAUCGAAUGGCUAAGGGAGCUCGUGAGAUCGACAUUGCUGCUACUCUAGAACAUCUGCGCGAUCAGCGUCCACAGGCCGUGCGAACUAAACAGCAGUUUGAAUUUGUUCUUACCGCUGUGGCUGAAGAAGUGCAUGCAAUCCUGCGAGCGCUACCACAAUAGGCUGAGGAUAAACUAAUCAACAAAAAUGAUAAUUGUAUGGGACAAACUUCUAUCAUAGUAUAUUGAACACGAAAUUCAGCAGCCCAUCGGAUUUCUUAGUCUACUUCGGUUAUAGUGUUUCAUACCAGUCUAGGGAACCUUCUGAGUGUCCGCCAAAUUCCCUCUCUCACCAUCCAACUAUUCCCUCGCCAAUGACUUAAAGGCUUCACAGUUCUCCCGUUCUCAACCGUUCCUCGGUUUCCCGACUAACUGGUUACUGAAAAAUCAUUCUUUCAAUAAUCCACAACUUACAAAUAUUUUUUAAUUUUUCCUUUCUAAAUUUGUUGGUUUUUACCCCGUCCUGCCGAAUUUCUUGAUUACAAUCUAAUUAGUGGAUUGAAAACAUUUGCGAUCUUUCUAACUGCGUUUUGAGGCGUGUUAAGCAGAUCACAGAGGGCUGAGUAAGGUACAAAUGUAGAAUAAUAAGGAAAACCGAAAACCCUCCACCCUCAGAAUAGGAACACACAUAACAUUUUUGGCUUUUAAGAAUAAAAUGGAAUGCGUAUGGCAGAAAAUCAUGGUUCUAGCUAGUUAUUGUUGCCAGAUGACAAUCUUCAUUACUUAAUCGAAAAUGCCGCAAGCUAUAUUUCAUCACUAAAAAAAAAAAAAAAAAAAACUUGCAAAAAAACAAAGCGUUAACCAUCCUAAGGGCGGACUUAAUUUCCAAGUUUGUUAAGUUCUUCACUCAACCAUAAAUAUCUUUGGGUUUGGCAGCCACCGCCAUUCGUCGUUCUAGUGCAGCUGUCUUAAGCCAAAAGAAAUACAGCUUGGCUGUCUCUGUUCACCCAAUGAGAGCGGCACAGUUUCGGCAUGUGAUAGUCGGUCAGGCGAUGUCAAAAUGCUGCUACAUUAUGAAAGUUAUUUCUUUUACAGCUUUUGACGGCCAACGAGUUUUCUUACACGAUUCAGUUAGUGUCGAAAACUGUAGUCUGAAUCAACAGUUUAACCAAGUAUACGUUCCAACUAAAACUUAAACCCUUGCUGCAUCCACAGCGGCAUCCUUACUCCUUAUAGCUGUGACAGCUCCGAAAUCGGCGAGUUUGACAACUGAGAAUUUUUCGUACAAAUCUUUAACGCUACAUUUUCAAAUUUUUUUUUAAAAACGUCUAUGGAGUUACGUUGUUGGGGCAGAAAAAUGGGCCUGCCCUUUUUUAGGUUGCUACAACUCCGUACAUGUACAUAUGUUACGGCAGGAGAGAAUAAAAGAGUUUAACCUUAAACUUUUUUUUUUCUUGUUCGUACCCUUACAACAAAUAUUUUAGCCCAUGAAAGCUUGGUUGCAAUGGCGACUUAACACAGCGAAAUUGCCUAUGAUUCGCUAACGUAGUGAGUACAUUGAAAUAAUUUAACAGUAAAAAAAAAAUCCAUCUAAACUUUAUUUGAUUAUGGUUUGGUUAGAGAAUCUCAGUUGUCAAAUGUAGCGAAUUUUUAGUCGGAAUAGCUGUCUCCUAGAAGGAAAGAACUUUAUGUUUUAUUCAACGCAUACUAUGGCAUUCUUGCGAAACGAAACAAGCAUAGUCGACAGGUCAAGUUAUCUCUGUGCUUCUAUGUUAAUGGGCAUUCGGCUUUGCUUAAGAAAACGUCAAUAGCCUAUGUUCCAUUAUAUUCGCUAUCUCACAAAUUCUAUAUCUAUAUCUAUAUCAUAUGAAAUCCUUGAGUUUGAUUAAAAGCAAGUUUUGUCUAAUAGCAUCGUCUAAUAGAAUCGAAGGGUUGGCUACUGUUCUGAAUAACCAAAUGCGACCUAGAAAAAUUUCGGAGGCUCGAUACGCUUUUUCUUGGAGUCGCCAACCCCUCGAAUAGCACUGUAUCAAUUGCAUGCUUUGCUGUUCCCAAGAAUCUAUUCUAUAUGUUUACUGUUAUCAACACUAUCACAACUUUUAAUUUAGUAGAAUUUUCCCCAUUUACAUGUGAAACCCUUGUCUAUGUUUGAUCCCCUUUAUUACAAUUUUUUUUUUUAAUUUUAAUUUUACUGAGAAGAAGUGUAAAAAAAACAUUAAUAUUAUUUUAUCCUCCUGAGCAUUGGCAUUUCAAGGCUUUUAAACACUAGGUUGUAUCUCAAGGAUAGAAACGGAUUUCUCCCAAAGUUUUAGAACAUGAUUUAAUUUUUAAUCACAGCCAUACUAGGACAACUUCCAAUAGAAAUGUGUUUAUUCUACUUGCUGUAAUGUCAAUGUCUACAUACACUUAUAUUCCAUGUAUGGUAUAUGUUAUCACGAAAAUAAAAGCAUUCAGAAAGCUA